AUGUCUGCAAGCAAUGCCCCCCAACCAGUGAAGCUCUCACUCCCGCUCGAGUACCAGCAGAACCUGUUCCAGGAGCUCCGAGCCGAAGAUGAGCUCGUCGUUCUCGCCCGCGGCCUCGGGCUGAUGCGCCUCAUCAACAACCUCCUCCACUCGUACGAUGCGGCCGGAAACAACCUGAUAGUCAUUGUCGGAGCCGAAGACCGAGAGAAUGGCUGGAUUGGAGAGGCAUUGGCUGAGCAUGCCGCCAUAAGCAUGUCCCCCAAGGCGCGUGGCUUGACUGUGGUCAACACCGACCUCCAGAGCGUUGGCGCAAGAGAAAAGAUGUAUGCUGGCGGUGGUAUAUUCAGUAUCACGUCGCGCAUUCUAGUAGUCGAUCUCCUGACAAGCUUGCUGAACCCCGAGUCCAUCACUGGCCUUGUCCUACUUCACGCCGAUCGUGUUGUCGCAACCUCUCUCGAAGCCUUCAUUCUCAGAGUCUACCGGCAGAAGAACAAGGUCGGCUUCCUCAAGGCCUUUUCCGACAAUCCCGAUCCUUUUACCACGGGCUUUUCGCCUCUGGCUACCAUGAUGAGGAAUCUUUUUCUUCGAAAAGCCUCGCUCUGGCCUAGGUUUCACGUCACUGUUGCGCAGUCUCUGGAGGGAAAGAAGAAGGCCGAGGUCAUCGAACUGGAGGUUCCCAUGACAGACUCGAUGAGAGAGAUCCAGAACGCCAUCAUGGAGUGUGUCGAAGUCAGCAUUCACGAGCUCAAGAAGGGUAACAGUGGCCUGGAAAUGGACGACUGGAACCUCGACAGUGCUCUUCUCAAGAACUUUGAUGUCAUGGUUCGACGACAGUUGGAUCCCAAUUGGCAUCGUGUCAGCUGGAAGACUAAGCAGAUCGUCAACGAUUUGACGGUGCUCAGAACCAUGCUCAACUCCAUCCUGACUUAUGACGCCGUCUCGUUUCUUCAGCAUCUGGAUACCAUCCACGCUGCGCACUCUCCUCCCCCGGGGUCCACUCGGCAGACACAGUCACCUUGGCUGUUUCUUGACGCUGCACAAACCAUCUUUGACACGGCAAGACGACGUGUCUACUCAGCCACAGCAAAAGAUGCCGCCCGAGAAUCCAAUAUUGAUUCCCUUCGGCCAGUCCUUGAAGAGCUUCCCAAGUGGUCGCUCUUGGCCGAAGUCUUGGAGGAGAUCGAUCGCGAUCUGUAUUUCGAACCUCCCGUCAAGGACGAUUCCAACGGCAGCAUUCUUAUCAUGUGCUCCAACACAGACACCUGCAGGCAACUACGAGACUUUCUACAGACAAUGCAUGUCAAGCCCAAGACGGAGAAGAAGCCAGAUGAGGAUGAAGAAGACGCAGAAAAGCCAUCUGCCGCGUUCAUGAUGCGAAGGCGACUGCGAAACUAUCUUAGGUGGAAGAGGCAGUUUGCCCAAGUCAGCGCUACUCUAUUUGCUGAGAAUCAAAAGGCUCUAAAUGGUGCUACCGACUCUCGCCCAGGUAUGGGCGGUCACAGGGGCGGAAAAGCACCAGCGAACAAGAGAAGACGUGUGCGCGGUGGAGGCAACGUCGGCGCCUCGAUGGGUCGAGCAGAGAAUGGCAGUAUCAUGCAGUAUAUUGAGAAGCCAGGAGAAGUCGCUGAUCUCAUGGCCGAGGUCCAGCUAACAGAAGAGGAGGCACAGCAAAAGGAGGAAGUCAUCGCGGACCCUCUCGACAACAUGGAAGAUUACUUUCAGCUGUACGACAUGCAAGAUCUUAUUGUCGCCCACGCCUAUGACGGAGACCAGGACGAACACGUCCUCGAGGAAGUCAAGCCACGGUACAUCAUCAUGUACGAACCAGAUGCAGCGUUUAUCCGACGAGUCGAGGUAUACCGGUCGUCACAUAAUGACCGAAACGUCAGAGUUUACUUCAUGUACUACGGUGGCUCAGUUGAGGAACAGAAAUACCUUUCGUCAGUCCGCCGGGAAAAGGAUGCCUUCACCAAACUCAUCAAGGAGAGAGCGAGCAUGUCACUAGUCAUGACAGUUGAUCCCGCUGAAGAUCCUGAGGAGGCAUUCUUGCGAACUGUCAACACAAGAAUCGCCGGUGGUGGCAGGCUAGCAGCAACGGCUGAGCCACCACGAGUGGUUGUGGAUGUGCGAGAGUUCCGCUCCUCUUUGCCAUCGCUGCUUCACGGACGAUCCAUGAUCAUUGUUCCAUGUAUGCUCACAGUGGGCGACUACAUCCUCUCUCCCAACAUCUGCGUGGAACGAAAGUCCAUCAGCGACUUGAUCUCGUCAUUCAAGGACGGUCGACUGUACACUCAGGCUGAGACCAUGUUCCAGCAUUACAAGAGCCCGAUGCUCCUGAUCGAAUUCGACCAAAACAAGUCUUUUACUCUGGAACCGUUUGCCGACCUCUCGGGCAGCUUGAACAGUGUGGCUCCAACCAACAUGUCUUCAGACCUCCAAUCCAAGCUAGUGCUGCUGACACUGGCCUUCCCCAAGCUCCGCAUCAUCUGGUCUUCGUCUCCCUAUCAGACAGCCGAGAUCUUUGAGUUGCUCAAGACGCAGGAGGAAGAGCCAGAUCCAAUCGCUGCAGUCAGGGCCGGUCUGGAUAAGGAUGCACGCGCCGAGGAUCAGGCGUUCAACCAGGAGCCACAGGACAUGCUCGGCAUUGUGCCUGGUGUCACGCCCAAGAACAUCAAGAGCUUGGUGCUCGAGACGGAGAGCAUCCGUGAGGUGGCCAAUAUGACGGAGAAGGAGCUGGAACCUUUGGUGGGUAAGACGGCUGGACGACAGAUUCACGGCUUCUUUAACCGGAAUGUCAUGGAAGAGGAUGACUAG